UCUCUAGUCUCUAAGAAGAGGGUGAAAUAAAAGCAAGACAAAAAUUGGAUUGGAAAUUGGAAUUGGGAGUGUGAGAUGAGAAUUGAGAUGAUGUCGCUAUUAUGAUUUAUGUUCUCUUCUUUCAUUCUUCACUGCUUAGUGCUUAGUGCCCCUCUCUCUCUCUCUCUCUCGGAUCUUGACUUUGCUCUCUUUUCUGCAAUCAACAAUCUCAAAUCACGCACCUCUUCCCUCCUUCAGAGAGUGUAAUUAAAUGGAUCAGCUUCCUGUGGAAGUGAUUGGGAACAUACUGUCGCACCUAAGGGCUGCAAGGGAUGUAGUGAUAGCCUCUGCCACCUGCAAGAAAUGGAGACAAGCAUGUUGCAAGCAUCUCCACACCCUCUCCUUCAGCUCCAAUGAUUGGCCUCUCUACCGCGAUUUGACCACCAGCCGCCUCGAGAUUCUCAUCACACAGACCAUCUUCCAGACAUCAGGAUUGCAGGCACUCUCUAUUCUCAUGGAAGACGUCGACGAAUUCUCCGCCUCCACUGUUAUUGCUUGGCUCAUGUACACCCGGGAAACCCUGAGGCACUUGUAUUAUAAUGUAAAGACUACACCUAAUGUUAACAUUCUUGAACUCUGUGGCAGACACAAGCUGGAAAUACUAGAUCUCGCUCAUAAUUCCAUCUCUGGGGUGGAGCCUAAUUAUCAGAGGUUCCCUUGUUUGAAAUCUCUCUCAUUGAGUUAUGUCAGUAUAUCUGCCUUGGAUCUUAAUCUCUUGGUGUCCGCCUGCCCCAAGAUUGAGGCUUUGGAACUCGUCAACCCGGAAAUUGCAAUGUCCGAUGCUCAGGUAACGGUUGAGCUCAGCAGUUCAACUCUCAAGAGUGUGUAUGUAGAAGCAAUCAGUUUGGACAAGUUUAUAUUAGAGGCCGAUGGUAUUGAGUGCCUGCACUUGAAAGAUUGUGCCCUUGAGGUGUUUGAAUUGAUUGGUAAGGGGACCUUGAAGCAUUUUAAGAUUGAUGAUGUUAGUGUUAUCCAUCUUGAUAUUGGCGAGACAGUUGAAAAUCUUGAGAUCGUAGAUAUCAGCAACUUCACAAUCAUAUGGCCUAAAUUCUACCAGAUGAUUUCAAAAUCAUCCAAUUUGAAGAGGCUUCGACUCUGGGAUGUCAUGUUUGACGAUGAGGAUGAGGUUGUAGACGUAGAAACUAUUGCCACAUGCUUUCCGCAGCUGAGCCAUUUAUCUUUGAGUUAUGAUGUAAGAGAUGGAGCACUUCACUAUGGUUUGCAAGGCUCUUCCUGUCUCGAGAAUGUCGUUGUCUUAGAGCUCGGCUGGACUGUGAUUAAUAGUCUUUUCUCCCACUGGGUUGAGGGGUUGCUUAAGCGAUGCCCGAAUCUCAAGAAGUUGAUCAUUCAUGGGGUUGUUUCUGAAGCUAAGUCUGAAGAAGAAUGCCUCAUCUUGGCAAAUUUUACCACAUCCAUGAUUGAGCUUAUGAGGAGAUACACACAUGUAGAUCCACAUUUUAAGUAUGAAUGAGAUUCUGCUGAAUGCUUUGUUAUAGCUAGUUUUCAUUUAAAUAUAAAUUGCAUAGGCACAUUUGCAGGUAGCUUACAAGAUUCAUGAGUUUAUGCUCCGGUUUAGCUUAUUUAUUGUUUGGAAUCGUUAGAACUUUUGUGACGGACCAACAAUUAUGAUAGACAUUAGGGGUAGGCCUUUGAUCACUUCUUUGCAAAAACAAGGUUAUAGUAUGGAAUUUUUACUCUCAGCUCUGUGCAGAGAAUCUUAAUUAGCCUUUCAUUAAGACCAGAAAAAAGAGGGACGAAAAAAUUUGGAAAUCUGGAACGAUUCAUGUUUGAGGGAUUACCGUUAUGGUGUGUUAUACAGCCAAGAGGCAUUGACGUUCAAAUACCAUUAGCAGUAUCUUUUCUUAA